UCCGUUCGGCCUGUGUGUGUGCAGCCUGUGGAAGACCCCCGCGCACCCGCAGAUGGAACAGUUCUGACCUUGCAGUACCCUGGGGGUCCCUGGACCACAGGAGGACCUCUCUUCUAGCCCGGGGUCUUUCAGCCUUAGUGCUGUCGACAUUCGGGGCUGGACCAUUCUGUGCCACGGGGCUGCCCUGUGGGCCGUAGGUCCGCCAGCUGCCUCCCCACCGCGGGACACCCGCAGCCCCGUUCUCCUACCCCCAUCCAGCAGUCAAAAGUCUCCAGACAUCCCCAGCUGCUCCGGGUGGAGACGCUGCCGUGUCUGGGUCCCCUCCUUCGGGAACGGGGAAGAGGAAGUGGAGGGCACAUGGCUUCCUUGGAGGGUGGGGGGAUUGCGCAGAGGAGGAAGGGGAGAGUGGAUGUGGGCCAAGUCCCGCAGUCCGCCACUUUUCCCGAUCCCUGGACGUGACUGGGGGCCCAUCCGUGUGUCGGACAGCGUGGGCGGCCGCGGGAAUACCGAGUGGGCACCUCAGCAACAGACGCUGAUUUCUCUCGGUUCUGGGGCUGGAGUCCAAGGUCGGGUGCAGGCAAAUCCGUGUGCGUGCUGCGGGGGCAGCCUGCCUGUCUCCUCACGUGGCAGAGCACGCCAGGGGAUGUCUGUUCCUCUAGCGGCACCGAUCCCCUCGGAUUCAGGCCCCGGCCUCAUGGCUUCUCUUUGUCUCUUUCUCCGUUUUUACUGAGACGUCAUUGACAUAGAGCGUUGCGUUCAGUUACCAUCUGGGUACGUUGUGACGCGGUCGCCAUGGUGAGUGCGGUUCACAUCUGUCAACUCACGUCGUCACCCUUGUCCUUGCUGUGGUGAGAACGUGUAAGCUCGCUCCCAGCAGUUCCGAGCAGACAGCGCCGUCCCGGGAGCCCCGGCUGCCACGCCGUCCGUUAGAGCCCCCGCGUCUUCUAACCAAAGCUUGUGCCAGCUUCAGCCAAACCCACCUCUAACCCAGACACCGGGGUGCCGGGUUAGAGCUCCGUGUGGGUUUGGGGGACGUGAAUAAGGAAGCGGCUGGCGGGGGCUUUGGAGCGGGCAUGCUGGAGCCCCUGCCGCAGGGGGCGCGGGGUCUGCGUGUCAUCGGGCGAGCGGUCCCGGUGGCGAGGGUGCCGGCGAGAGCUGUGGGCUUUCUGAGCCCGGCCGUGCCGCGCUGUUCCCGGCUCUCCGUGUGUUCACUGCUCACACGAAGCCGAGGGAGGGACUGAGGGGCAGUGGGGCCUGCGGUCGCCCGCAGGGAAGGGCAGAGACAGGGCCGGAGCCCAUGCCGUCCCGGGACAGGGUCCCAUCUCCCCUCCUCCAGCACCUUCCUUCUCAGGCACUCACCCUCGGCCUUGGAGGGGAAACUGAGGCGCAGAGAGGCACCACCCCUUACUCCGGGUCCCUCGGCUCCCACCUGGGCGUGCUUGGGGUGCAGCCGGCGGGAGGCGGUGGCUUCCCGCGUCACCGAGCCGGGCUCUGAAUGCUGACUCCCUCCCCACAGGCGCUGCUGUCCCCGCAGGACUCGCAGACCCCCAUGGAGGUCCCGUCUCCCCAGCCCGUGAAGCAGGAGGGCCGGACGGCCGAGGGCCUGACCCUGGACUCGCUGUGGCACCACUUUGGCCGCUUCCACCUGGCCGCGCCGGGUCCCCGUGAGGCGCUGGGGCUGCUGCGCGCCUUGUGCCGAGACUGGCUGUGGCCCGAGCUGCACCCCAAGGAGCAGAUGCUGGAGCUGCUGGUGCUGGAGCAGCUCCCGAGUGCGCUGCCUGCUGACGUCCAGGCCUGGGUGUGCAGCCGGCGGCGCCGUGGGGAGGAGGCCGUGGCCCUGCUGGAGGAGCUCCGGGGACCAGCAGUCAGGGCACCUCAGGAUGUGACAGAAGGCUCUGGGGUGAGCGCUGGAAAGGAUGAUGUUGGGAUAAUGCCCUUAGGAGAUGCGGCCCCCGGGGUGGAGGUGCUGGCGACGGGGGACGCCCAGGCCACGUGUCCCUACAAGCAGGAGCCGGGCAGCCCUCCACUGGCUCCCGCGGCGCCGCCUGCGCCCGGCCUAUCCCCCUUCCUGGCGGUGGCGGCGGCCCCGGGCACCACCUCCUGCCCCGAGUGCGGCAAGGCCGCCCUGAAGCCCGCGCACCUGCUGCGCCACCGGCAGAGCCGCUCGGCCGAGAAGCCGCACGCCUGCCCCGAGUGCGGCAAGGCCUUCUGGCGCGAGCACCUGGUGCGCCACCGCAAGACGCACUCGGGGCGGCCGUUCGCCUGCUGGCAGUGCGGCAAGGGCUUCGGGCGCCGCGAGCACGUGCUGCGCCACCAGCGCAUCCACGGCCGCGCGGCGGGCGGCGAGGGCGCGGGCGCGUGCGCGGCAGCGGGCCCCGGCGGCGGGGGCCCCUUCCCGGCCUGGCCGCUGGGGUAGCAGCCGCCGCGCCCGCCGCCGGCCCCUCCCGGCCCGCAGCCCCCUGCUCCUGCGCCGGCUCCAGUCGGAACCUUUGUUUCUUCGGCUCCUUCUGUCCCGGGCCACACGGCCCUAUCCGGUUGUCACGGCCUGCCAGGCCGUCCCACUCCGUGCAGGUGCGCCCGCGAGCCCGCCGCCCCCGUCCUCUCCACCUGCCGUGCGGGGCCCAGCGGGGCCGGCCGGAGCCCAGGAGAGGAGCGCGGGGCAGGGGCCGAGCGCGGGCCCCGAUCCAGAGGAGGCUGGAGGAAGGAGACGUCUUGGCCCUAGGGGACCCCUCCCCACCCGAAGGGGUGGUUCUGACAGGAUGGACUGGGCUCUGCUCGUGGGCUCCUUGGGCUCGCCCCUCUCUGCAGACGGGAGGGCGCGUGAUGGACAGCGAUGCCCGCUCCGGGGAAGCACCGCGGAGACCACAGUUCACCAGCAUCUGGAGAGUAACAAAGUUACUGAUGAGAGGUGCCCACGCAGUCCCGGGUUCUGUGUAGGCGGGCCUCGCCUCCCACGCCCGUGUCCUGGCGGGACCUUGGCCACCAGUUCCUCUCCUUGAGCCUGGAGAGGAGCCUCAGAGGUGGGUUUCAUCCAGCCCCCUGGGGGGCCAGGAGCAGGUGUCUUCACUGUGUCCUUAGAGCCAGAACGGUGCUCAGUGGAGGGGCUGGCUUGGCGACAGACCCACUUGGGUUCUAAUCUCAGCCUGUGGCUUCUUGGCUGCUGGAGCUUUCAUACCCGCUCUGGGUGUCGGUGUCCACAUCUGUAAACAGCAGUGGUCCCUACGUCCACUGCCGGAGUCUUCCUUGGGGGAGGUACCCAUUCGUGGGGGCCGCCAAAUACCAGAUCAGUAAGUCUUGGGGAACCGGUUUUGUCAAGAGAGGGAUCCAGUAUUCAGUGAGGAUGGGGCAUGAGGCUGGGGGCCGCUGGUCCGGGACCCUGCAGAGGGGAGGUCGCGGGAGUGGCUUACUGUGGAGUGCAGACCCUGGCCUGCUUCAUCAGCUCCUGCAGCCCCCACCUGCCUUGUGCUCUGUUCAGCACAUUCCUGGGGGUCACGCCCUGCUGUUCCGUCUUCAGGAAGGUGCUGCUGCACCUGACCCGUAAGACCCCGGCCACAGUCCAGGCCCUGGCCGCAAGGGGGUCUGGGAGGGCACGAGCUGGACCGUCAGGCGUCUGCAGCUGGAGGCUGGCUCCCCCUUCCAGCAGCCGUGAGGCAGGACAGUGCCCAGACCCUGAGGGAGGCUGGGAUGGCGUGUGUCUGCCAGGGUGCCCUGGAGCAGCCCCAAGGUUGCAACACCCGCCCUGUGUGACAGGUGGGAAGGGCGGGUUGGAGGUGCCGUGGGGCAGGGAACGCAGACUUCUGGCUUGCCCUGUGUGAGCUCCCACACGCGCCCUGGUCACAACACCGUGUCCCCGCGCCCACGGCCGACAGAGGGAACUGGCUUGAGAAGCCACAUCUGCUGCUGCAGGACCUCGGGGGACGGGGGGGGGUUGUCUGAGGAUGGGGCUCCGUGACAACAAGACAAGGCGCUCCUGGCUGUGGGCCAGGCCCUCGGUCAGGCGCGGAAAUCCUCCGUCUGGUUUAUUGCCAUAGUGCAGCAAGCCUGUCCCCAGCACACAGAUGGGGGAAACGGAGGCAUGGGAAGGGUGAGUGGCUGCGACCCCGCUGGCCCGGCACUGGCCCGUCGUGCAGGGAUCACGGGGACUCCGGCUCCCGCCUCGCUCGGGGCUCCCCGCCUCUGCCACCCGAGCAAGCCCGGCUUUGGCUGGGGAGGUUCCGCCCCUUCCGACAAGCUCCCCGGAGCCUGAUUUCCCCGAGGAAGCCCCUUGACGCACGCCGCCUCCGUCAGUGUGGACUGCUGCUGAGGGCGUCCCUCAGUUGGGACGCAGAGUCGUCGUGUGCCACGCUCGUGGCUCCGGUGGCGGAGCCCAGACGCAGCUGGGGAGAUGCGGGCACCGGCACUCAGGUGCUCGUCCCCCCGGUGCCCGCCAGGGGGCACGUCCCGCCGGCCAGCGUUUACUCCCAUGAAGGGCCGAGUCCCCCUCGGAGACGGCAGAAGGACCUCCCCAGGCCAGUAGGAAGCUUGGUGCCAGCUGGUGGGGGUGCGGAGUGCUGCUGACAGGACCCCCAGCGGCCCCCCGCCCGCCCCCAGACUCACAGGGGCCACAGGUGUCUGUCUCCGUGUUGCUUGGGUGGCAGCUGGUGGGGGCGACCUAAAUGUCCAUCCACAGAGAGUGGGGGAGGGGGGGUGCACCGACAUUGCCCGGGAGACGCCCCGAACUCAGAAAUAAGAACAUCCAACGGAGCCUCCUUAGAAAUCACGCAGGGCAUUAAAGUCGUGUCCGAGGGUCGUCUUGUGAUGAAGCUGCGUCUGGGCCACGACUGUCUGGACGUCGCCGGUUAGCUCUCUCACCAAGGUCGAGGUUAACGUGCCCAAAGCUGGAUCGUGUGACCAGUUUUGGUCACUCUGAUGGACGGGACAGCCCCAGGUGUUAGGGUUCACUAUCCUGCGGGUCAUUAGCCAAUGUGGACGCAGCGGCCACGCUCUCCCACCGGCCGCCGGUCCUGGUUCUCGCACUCCUCUUCCCAGCGAGGUCCGGCCUUCUGCUGGCGGCCACGGGUGAGCUAAACAAAACAGCUCUGCACAGACCAGCAGUGAUGGGGAGGCAGGGAGGGAAUGGCGGCUGCGGACUCCGGACGGGAGGAGAAGCGAGCAGGUAAAAGCCGCGCCACUGUGAUGAGGCCACGGACCUCAGAGUCCCCUGUGACAGGCCCCCUCCGCAGUCAUGUCUCCAUCCACCAGCACCGCUGACCAGGAGGUCUGAGUUGUGCUUCUGGAGGCUGGGCCUCGACUUCUCUGCUUCCUUCUUCAGCGACGAGGAGUGAGACUGUGGCCCGUUGCGGUCCCUGUGGGAACUUGCUUGUGGCCAGAGGCUCUGGGUGGCCACGUGCGGGUUUCCCUCCUGCUUCAUUGAUCUCUUGGGGUCCUGGCACAGCAGCUCUGUGGGGAACCCAGCAGGGGUGAGUCGGUUUCUCCCAGGGCUCCCUCCAGCUGCUGCCUCCUUGCCCUUCCCAUGUCCCCAGUUAAAGGGAGUCAGCCAUCAGGGGCGAACCCCAAGUCUGUACUUGCUUGUGAGGAGGGGAACCACAGGAGUGCCAGGUCACACCCCAAGGCUGCUCCCUCAUCUUCGUCACCCCCUGCUUCAAACCCUCACGGCUCCCGGGGACAGCAGGAAUGGCAGUGAGCUCUCCGUAAGCAAAACCAAUGCAGGACGAGGGGCCCGUUCCCAGACGAGCUGGGGCCUUACCGCACGGCAGUGCCAGGGUUCCGAGAGUGAUCCCGCACCGUGGAGUUGGGCACCGUGUGGGGCGCAGGUUCGAGGCCAGCACCACUUCCUUCUGCCAUGUUUUCUUAGCGAGCAAGCUACAAGGCAGGCCCGCAUCCCGGGGUGGGGAGAAAGCCCCCACGUCCUGCUGAGUUCGUCCCAGAGUCCCAUGGCCAAGGGUUUGGAUGUGGGGAGAGGUGGGGCCCCUCAGGGCAACCCCUCCUGUAAAUAAUCCUCCUUUACUCAGGAAUCUUUAAUGAACACCCCCUGUGGCCAGGCCGGUACAGAGUGGCCCUUGGAAAGAGCAGUGAACCAGAAUGAGUCCCUGCCCAGCCGAGCAGACACUAACGGUCCCGGACAUGUUUGGGGGCAGACAGUGGAGACUGGAGAGUCGGGAAGGUCCGAAGAAGGGCUUGGGUGAGGCCUGGGGAAGCCUGGACAGGAGAGGGAGCAGCCAGAUGCCAGGCCCUGGGGCAGAGCGGGCCUGGUGCUGGGAGGAGCUGGUGCCGCUGGAGCGAGGAGGGAGGGGAAGAGGAGUCAUGAACGUCUGGGCGGAAGUGAGAGGUUAGUUAUAUUUUCAGCAUGCUGGGAAGCCCCUGGAAGGUUUGGGGCAGGCACUGCAUUAUCCCGUUUGUA